CGCUCCGUCCGCCCUCCGCGCGCGGCCCGGGCCGGCCGAGAGCCGUGACCAGCCCGCCGCCGCCGCCGCCCCCGGCCUCGCGAGGCGGAGUCCGGGCGGCCCGCUCCCUAGCGAGGAGGCGCCGUCGGCGGCCUGGCCUGUGACGGAAAUAAAUAGAGAAACAGAUAUAUUUAUUGGUACUAUUUUGUUUGGUGGCAAAAAGGAAAAAUGGCGAACGACUCCCCUGCAAAAAGUCUGGUGGACAUCGACCUCUCCUCCCUGCGGGAUCCUGCUGGGAUUUUUGAGCUGGUGGAAGUGGUUGGAAAUGGCACCUAUGGACAAGUCUAUAAGGGUCGACAUGUUAAAACUGGUCAGCUGGCGGCCAUCAAAGUUAUGGAUGUCACUGAGGAUGAAGAGGAAGAAAUCAAACUGGAGAUAAAUAUGCUGAAGAAAUAUUCUCAUCAUAGAAAUAUUGCAACAUAUUAUGGUGCUUUCAUUAAGAAGAGCCCUCCAGGACAUGAUGACCAGCUCUGGCUUGUUAUGGAGUUCUGCGGGGCUGGGUCCAUUACAGACCUUGUGAAGAACACCAAAGGGAACACACUCAAGGAAGACUGGAUAGCUUACAUCUCCAGAGAAAUCCUGAGGGGACUGGCACAUCUUCAUAUCCAUCACGUGAUUCACCGGGACAUCAAGGGCCAGAAUGUAUUGUUGACUGAGAAUGCAGAGGUGAAACUUGUUGAUUUUGGUGUGAGUGCUCAGCUGGACCGGACAGUUGGGAGGAGAAAUACAUUCAUAGGCACCCCCUACUGGAUGGCUCCUGAGGUCAUUGCCUGUGAUGAGAACCCAGAUGCCACCUACGAUUACAGAAGUGACCUUUGGUCUUGUGGCAUUACAGCCAUUGAAAUGGCAGAAGGUGCUCCCCCUCUCUGUGACAUGCAUCCAAUGAGAGCACUGUUUCUCAUUCCCAGAAACCCUCCUCCCAGGCUGAAGUCAAAAAAAUGGUCAAAGAAAUUUUUUAGUUUUAUAGAAGGGUGCCUGGUGAAGAAUUACAUGCAGCGGCCCUCCACCGAGCAGCUUUUGAAACAUCCUUUUAUAAGGGAUCAGCCAAAUGAAAGGCAAGUUAGAAUCCAGCUUAAGGACCACAUAGACCGGACCAGAAAGAAGAGAGGAGAGAAAGAUGAAACCGAAUAUGAGUACAGCGGGAGUGAGGAAGAAGAGGAAGAAGUGCCUGAGCAGGAAGGAGAGCCAAGCUCCAUUGUCAACGUGCCUGGUGAGUCGACGCUUCGUCGGGAUUUCUUGAGACUGCAACAGGAGAACAAGGAACGUUCCGAGGCUCUUCGGAGACAGCAGCUACUGCAGGAGCAACAGCUCCGGGAGCAAGAAGAAUAUAAAAGGCAGCUGCUGGCAGAGAGGCAGAAACGGAUUGAGCAGCAGAAAGAACAGAGGCGGAGGCUGGAAGAGCAACAAAGGAGAGAACGUGAAGCUAGAAGGCAGCAAGAACGUGAACAGCGAAGGAGAGAACAAGAAGAGAAGAGGCGUCUGGAGGAACUGGAAAGAAGACGUAAAGAAGAAGAAGAGAGGAGACGGGCAGAGGAAGAAAAGAGGAGAGUUGAAAGAGAACAGGAGUAUAUCAGGCGACAGCUAGAAGAGGAGCAGCGGCACUUGGAAAUCCUUCAGCAGCAGCUGCUCCAGGAGCAGGCCAUGUUACUGGAGUGCCGAUGGCGGGAGAUGGAGGAGCACCGGCAGGCAGAGAGGCUCCAGAGGCAGUUGCAACAAGAACAAGCAUAUCUCCUGUCUCUACAGCAUGACCACAGGAGGCCGCACCCGCAGCAGCAGCAGCCACCGCAGCAGGAAAGGAGCAAGCCAAGCUAUCACGCUCCAGAGCCUAAGCCCCACUAUGAGCCCACUGACAGAACCCGAGAGGUGGAAGAUAGAUUUAGGAAAACUAACCACAGCUCCCCUGAAGCCCAGUCUAAGCAGACAGGCAGAGUAUUGGAGCCACCAGUGCCUUCCAGAUCAGAGUCUUUUUCCAAUGGCAACUCCGAGUCUGUGCAUCCUGCCCUGCAGAGACCAGCUGAGCCACAGGUACAGUGGUCCCACCUGGCAUCUCUCAAGAACAAUGUUUCCCCUGUCUCGCGAUCCCAUUCCUUCAGUGACCCUUCUCCUCCCAAAUUUGCACACCACCAUCUUCGCUCUCAGGACCCAUGUCCACCUUCCCGCAGUGAGGUGCUAAGUCAGAGUUCUGACUCUAAGUCGGAGGUACCUGACCCCACCCAAAAGGCUUGGUCUAGAUCAGACAGUGACGAGGUGCCUCCAAGGGUUCCUGUGAGGACAACAUCUCGUUCCCCUGUUCUGUCACGUCGGGAUUCCCCACUGCAAGGCAGUGGACAGCAAAAUAGCCAAGCAGGUCAAAGAAACUCCACCAGCAGUAUUGAGCCCAGGCUGCUGUGGGAGAGAGUGGAGAAGCUGGUGCCCAGGCCCGGCAGUGGCAGCUCCUCAGGGUCCAGCAACUCAGGAUCCCAGCCUGGGUCCCACCCUGGGUCUCAGAGCGGCUCUGGGGAGCGCUUCAGAGUGAGAUCGUCAUCCAAAUCUGAAGGCUCUCCAUCUCAGCGCCUCGAAAAUGCAGUGAAAAAAUCUGAAGAUAAAAAGGAAGUUUUUAGACCUCUCAAGCCUGCUGGUGAAGUGGAUUUGACUGCACUGGCCAAAGAACUUCGAGCAGUGGAAGAUGUGCGACCGCCACACAAAGUGACAGACUACUCCUCAUCCAGUGAAGAGUCAGGGACAACAGAUGAAGAAGAUGAUGAUGUAGAACAAGAAGGAGCUGAGGAACCCACCUCUGGACCCGAGGACACCAGAGCAGCGUCAUCUCUGAAUUUGAGCAAUGGUGAAACAGAAUCCGUGAAAACCAUGAUUGUCCAUGAUGAUGUAGAAAGUGAACCAGCCAUGACUCCAUCCAAGGAGGGCACUCUAAUCGUCCGCCAGAGUACAGUUGACCAAAAGCGCGCCAGCCAUCAUGAGAGCAAUGGCUUUGCCGGUCGCAUUCACCUCUUGCCAGAUCUCUUACAGCAAAGCCAUUCCUCCUCCACUUCCUCCACCUCUUCCUCCCCAUCCUCCAGCCAGCCGACACCCACCAUGUCCCCACAGACACCCCAGGACAAGCUCACUACUAAUGAGACUCAGUCCGCUAGUAGCACACUCCAGAAACACAAAUCUUCCUCCUCCUUUACACCUUUUAUAGACCCCAGAUUACUACAGAUUUCUCCAUCUAGUGGGACAACAGUGACUUCUGUGGUGGGAUUUUCCUGUGAUGGAAUGAGACCAGAAGCCAUAAGGCAAGAUCCUACCCGGAAGGGCUCAGUGGUCAAUGUGAAUCCCACUAACACUAGGCCACAGAGUGACACCCCAGAGAUUCGUAAAUAUAAGAAGAGAUUUAACUCCGAGAUUCUGUGUGCUGCCUUAUGGGGAGUGAAUUUGUUAGUGGGUACAGAGAGUGGCCUGAUGCUGCUGGACAGAAGUGGCCAAGGGAAGGUAUAUCCUCUGAUCAACAGAAGACGAUUUCAGCAAAUGGAUGUCCUUGAAGGCUUGAAUGUCUUGGUGACAAUAUCUGGCAAAAAAGAUAAGUUACGUGUCUACUAUUUGUCUUGGUUACGAAAUAAAAUACUUCACAAUGAUCCAGAAGUUGAGAAGAAGCAGGGAUGGACAACCGUGGGGGAUUUGGAAGGAUGUGUACACUAUAAAGUUGUAAAAUAUGAAAGAAUCAAAUUUCUGGUAAUUGCUUUGAAGAGUUCUGUGGAGGUCUAUGCGUGGGCACCCAAGCCAUAUCACAAAUUUAUGGCCUUUAAGUCAUUUGGAGAAUUGGUACAUAAGCCAUUACUGGUGGAUCUCACUGUUGAGGAAGGCCAGAGGUUGAAAGUGAUCUAUGGAUCCUGUGCUGGAUUUCAUGCUGUUGAUGUGGAUUCAGGAUCAGUCUAUGACAUUUAUCUACCAACACAUGUAAGAAAGAACCCACACUCUAUGAUCCAGUGUAGCAUCAAACCCCAUGCAAUCAUCAUCCUCCCCAACACAGAUGGCAUGGAGCUUCUGGUGUGCUAUGAAGAUGAAGGGGUUUAUGUGAAUACCUAUGGAAGAAUCACCAAGGAUGUGGUUCUGCAAUGGGGAGAGAUGCCAACAUCUGUAGCAUAUAUUCGAUCGAAUCAGACGAUGGGCUGGGGAGAAAAGGCCAUAGAGAUCCGAUCUGUGGAAACUGGUCACUUGGAUGGUGUGUUUAUGCACAAAAGGGCUCAAAGACUAAAAUUCUUAUGUGAACGCAAUGACAAGGUGUUCUUCGCCUCCGUUCGGUCUGGUGGCAGCAGUCAGGUUUAUUUCAUGACAUUAGGCAGGACUUCCCUUCUGAGCUGGUAGAAGCAUUGUGAUGAGGAUUGCUGGCCCCCAGAGUCUUCAAUGAGAUCCUGAGAACUUGGAAUUCCUUGCAACUGGAGCUCAGAGCUGCACCGGUGUAGUCCAGGACAGUUGUGUAUGCAGACACCACGUGUGGGGUGUUUCGUUUCGUUUCAUUUCCUUUCUGCACCUCUUACCAGUUUAUCCCCCUUCUCUUCUUUCCCCUACUCAAAAAUAAAUCAAGGCUGCAAUGCAGCUGGUGCUGUUCACAUUCUA